AAAGAACUUAUGGCAAAUUGGGAGCAAGUAUCCAAGAAAUUAGCAAAUCCAUGAAUUCCCUAAAAGCCAUUAAUAAUGAUGUUGAAAUUUAUGACACUGAAAAACAAGAUUAUAAAAUCAUUAAGCAUUAUGAAUGUUUAAAUCAAUAUACUGAUGAAGAAGAUGAAACAAAAACAGUUCAGACCUAUAAGAUGUCAAGUCCAGAAAUGGUAAAUUUUCCUCAAAAUCCUUUUGGUCUUGAAUGUAAAGAAGAUAAAGAUAGAGAAAAUCUUCCUAAUUUCAUAAAAGAACGUUUUACAAUCAAUUCUUCUUUAACUGAUGAGGAAUGA